GGCAGACCCCCGCCCCUCCUGGCGGGGCGUGGAACGGGCCUUCCCUCCGGGGGAAACGAUGGCCUCUGGGAACACAACGGUGUUGUCCUGAGGGCGGCCUGUUGCCUUGUCUCCGUGCGAUACAGUGAUUUCACUAGCUCGAUUGAUUAUAUUGGGGCGACUACAUCUCGUACAAAUGCCCCGGUCACACUUGCGGUGGAGGACAUCUCAACUUUCACCCCCUCCGGUACAUUUCAGCAUCAAAACUAGGAAAAAUAAGAAGGAAUGGCUGUGGAGGAACUUCAUUCCAUAAUAAAGAGAUGUCAAAUCCUAGAAGAGCGAGACUUUAAAGAGGAAGAUUUUGGCCUGUUUCAGUUAGCAGGCCAAAGAUGCAUAGAUGAAGGGCACAUAGAUCAGCUAUUAGAAAUUAUUCAAAAUGAAAAGAAUAAGGUCAUCAUUAAGAAUAUGGGCUGGAAUCUUGUUGGUCCUGUUGUUCGAUGCCUUUUAUGGAAUGAUAAGGAACAUGAUAAAAGAAAGUAUUAUUUUCUGAUGCUUGAUUUAUUGGUAAAGUUAUGUAAUCCAAAGGAAUUAUUGUUGGGUUUGCUUGAGCUGAUUGAAGAGCCCUCUGGAAAACAGAUAUCCCAAAUUAUUCUUCUUUUACUUCGGCCAUUACAAACAGUGAUUCAGAAACUUCGUAACAACAAGGCAUAUUCAGUUGGAUUAGCAUUGUCUACGCUUUGGAGUCAGCUGUCUCUCCUUCCUGUUCCAUACUCAAAAGAACAAAUACAAGCAGAUGACUGUGGCCUUUGUCAGUGCUGCAAGGCCUUAAUAGAGUUCACUAAGCCUUUUGUGGAAGAGGUCAUUGAUAACAAGGAAAACUCAAUGGAGAAUGAAAAAUUAAAGGAUGAAAUACUGAAAUUUUGUUUCAGAAGCUUGAAAUGCCCUUUGCUGACAGCACAAUUCCUUGAGCAGUCUGAUGACACUGGAGAUGAUCCUUUAAGGUGUUUUGCAUCUGAAAUAAUAGGAUUUUUAUCAGCAAUUGGACACCCUUUCCUCAAAAUGAUUUUUAAUCAUGGAAGGAAAAAGAAGACUUGGGAUUAUCUUGAAUUUGAGGAAGAAGAAGACAAACAGUUAUCAGACUCUAUGGCUUCUCUGGCAUAUCUAGUAUUUGUACAGGGCAUCAGUAUUGAUCAGCUUCCAAUGGUCUUAAGCCCAUCAUACCUUUUGCAGUUUAAUAUGGGGCAUAUUGAAGUCCUUUUACAAAGAACAGAGGAGUCUGUUUUCUCCAAAGGAUUGGAUCUAUUGGAGAAUGGUUUAUUGAGAAUAGAGGACAACAGUCUACUUCACCAGUACUUAGAAAUCAAGAGUUUUCUUACUGUACCUCAGGGCUUAGUCAAAGUAAUGACACUGUGCCCCACUGAGACAUUGAGGAAAAAGGGUUUAGCUAUGCUUCAGCUGUAUAUUAACAAGUUGGAUCCACAAGGCAAAUAUACUUUAUUUAGGUGCUUAUUGAAUACAAGUAAUCACUCAGGUGUGGAGGCUUUUAUUAUUCAAAAUAUCAAAAAUCAAAUUGACAUGUCAUUAAAGAGAACAUAUAACAAAUGGUUUACAGGACCGCAGCUGAUUUCCCUUCUAGAUUUGGUACUUUUUCUCCCAGAGGGUGCUGAAACAGAUCUACUGCAAAACUCAGAUAGGAUAAUGGCUUCAUUAAACUUACUGAGGUAUUUGGUUAUCAAAGAUAAUGAAAAUGACAAUCAAACUGGAUUAUGGACAGAACUCGAAAAGAUUGAGAAUAAUUUCUUAAAGCCACUCCAUACAGGUCUUAAUAUGUCAAAAGCACAUUAUGAAGCAGAAAUUAAAAAUAGCCAAGAAGUCCAGAAGUCUAAAGAUCUUUGUUCUAUAACUGUAGGUAGAGAAGAGAUCCCAAAUAUGCCUCCUGAAAUGCAGCUUAAGGUCCUACAUUCAGCUCUUUUCACAUUUGAUUUGAUUGAAAGUGUUCUGGCUCGAGUAGAAGAACUCAUUGAAAUAAAAACAAAGUCUACCUCUGAGGAAAAUAUGGGAUAAAGUGAAAGCUCCAUCCCCUAAAUAAAAUCUAGUAAUAUACUAUAUUUUCCAUUAUGUUUAUUUAAUAUCUUUAUAAAAGCUUUUCUGUAAAACACACUGAUAGAA